CGCCAUUGCCUGCUCCUCGCGUUUUUCUUCAGCUGCUUCGUCUCGUGGUGCUCCGCCAUCGCUGCUUAAACUCUCGUUGUUUAGCCUCUGGCUGUUCUUGGCUGGCUGGUUUAGUUUUCUAGAGUCUUUGAGGCGAUACCGAAAGUAUUAUAUAUAUAUAUAUAUAUAUAUAUUUGUGUGUGUGUGUUUAUUUAUUAUUACGGAGUAAGAGGAGGAGGCGGAGGAGGAGUGUGAGGAGAGGAGAUGAGGUGAGAUGAGAUGAGAGUUUUUUACGGUGAGAGAGGAUUGCGCUGCGGUUGAUGGCAGGACCCGGCGUUGCGGACCUGUGGUUGGAGGGUUGUUGUUGAGAGUGUUGUGUCAGGGUGCGAGUAGUAGUUUGGGGGAUUUUUUGUUGGUGGAGUGUGGUGGAGGAGUGGGGAGGCGGGGAAGACCGUAGACGCGAUGGAAAGUUUCACGAGUUACUUCAUGGGGAAGACAAAGGAGCCUGAGGGGAAGAUUGAAUUUUGGAAUAACCCAGAACGGUCUGGUUGGCUAAUGAAACAGGGAGAGUUUAUAAAAACAUGGCGCAGGAGAUGGUUUGUCUUGAAGCAAGGUCGCAUUUUCUGGUUCAAAGAGCAACAGCUAACCCCUUAUUCGAAACCAAGAGGAGUCAUUCCAGUUGGAGGCUGUUUGACGGUUAAAGGUGCUGAGGAUGUGCUUAAUAAACAGUUCGCAUUUGAGCUCUCUACCAACAGGGAUACAAUGUAUUUUAUUGCAGACACAGACAAGGAAAAAGAGGAUUGGAUUAAUGCUAUUGGCCGAUCCAUUGUCCGUCAUUCCAGGUCGGUGACAGAUGACGAGGUUUUGGACUAUGACAGCAAGCGCGCUUCAUAGGAGUUGAUCUUAGGCAUUUUCUCCCAGGAUUUGCUCGAGGUAUUGGAUGCGAGUUCCUUAUAAGCAAUACUUUUGGUGUUUGAAAUUGGAAGCCAGUAGCUGUCAAGGCUCACCACAGUCCAGCAUAGGGACCUAUAGUUUAUUGUAAGAAAAUUGUUGUUACUUCUUUUGAAAAGGUUUAAAUGACUGCUUCUCAGGGUGUCCUAAUAACUUGUAAUACAUACAAAAAAUAUUCUUUCUGAAACUUCAGCAUGUUUGGAGUUGAAA